AUGAAUAAAUCAAAGUUUGUCAAAAAUGGGAUUUCAAGCGAACGGGAAAAGUUAACUUCCACGAAGGAAGGAGACGAUGACGAGAAGAGUGACGACUCGGAUAAACAAAUUGUCGUCGUCAACAGGACAAUUAAAUCGAAAAUAUUUUUAGAUUCAAGCAAGUCGGAAAAGGGAGACAGAAACUGCACCAGCUAUGCGCGCAAUGCCAAGGGUCCUGUUAGCAAAGUGGCAAAAAAAAAAAAUGCAAGCCCAUGUGGCGAUGCCCCACUAGCUCAAAUCAUAAAAAGGGAUAAUAAUAAUAAUAAGAAGAAGAGCAACAGCAAUGAUAAUAAUCAGAACAAUAAUAAUAAUAAAAGGGGCUUGCAGGGCGACCAUUCCACGGCUACACCUAAGCAUCAGAAAUUUGUGCACAAGUCGGAGCAAAAAAAACACAUAGGAGGACCCCCCUAUGGAAAGAGGGAGUGUGCGGAUCAUGGCUUCUUCAACGAACUCAUCAAUAGCACCUGCGUAAAUAACGCGGAAGCCAUUAAUGAUAAGCUGUGUGGUGAUCUUAGUGUGGGUGCCUCAAAUGAAGCAACGCACGAAAGGGACCUGUAUGAUUGGAAUAAGAAAAAAGUCGGUAAAAUCGGGAAAGAUAUCCAUUUGGACAAAGAGUAUGAGGAAGCUGACUUGGAUUAUCUUCCUCCUUACCAUGAAAGGAAGUAUCCUUUGGAGGAACCAUCAAGCCAUUCCGCUCAAAACAAUAAAGUGGGAUAUCCCUGGGAAGACAAUCCCCCUCUUCGAGGAGCAAACCCAAGUGUCCAUUUCGCACUGGUGGGUGAAGAAGGAGAAGCAGAAGGAGAAAGAGAAGAAAGAGAAAAAGGGGAGGAAGGAGAAGCAGAAGACGCAGAAGGCGCUUUUACGUGCCAUUCGAAUGACGAAGCCACCUCGCCUGUUAUCAAAUAUGACCAAUUUGAGCUGUACGAAAUAGACAGGGAGAUCGAAAAAAUCACAGAGGAAGAAAAUAACAUACAAGAAAAGCUAAUUUAUUUGGCUAACCAAGAACUCGACAUUGUUAUCAAGAUGAAGCAGAUGCGGGCCGCCAGGCUGCUCAGUCAGACGGACGGACAACCAGUCGAAUGGGAUAGGGGCAGUCACAAUGCGGAUAAGGGAUAG